AUGAAUCGCAAGCUCCAACCGAUAAAAGAUACUUGGAAAAAGAAAGCCAUGUCCCUUUGUUCUGAUGGGUGGUCGGAUAGACAACGAAGGCCACUGAUAAACAUAAUGGCUGCAUCAGUAGGUGGUGCAAUGUUCUUAAAGGCAGUUGAUGCAAGUGGCAACAUAAAUGAUGCUAAUUAUGCUGCUGGAGGCAUAAUUGAAGGUAUAUAUCCUCACAUAUUUUGGACUCAAUGUGUUCUGCAUUGCCUAAAUUUAGCUUUAAAAAGUAUUUGUGAACCAUCUGAAAAUUCACCUCAAUUUGCUAAAUGUAAGUGGAUUGCUGAUUUGGUGAGUAGUGUGCAAAAUAUAAGAAAUUCCAUUGUUAACCAUGGCAUGGUACUUUCAAUUUUCAACACUUACUCGGAAUUGGGUUUGCUAAAAAUAACGGAAACAAGAUUUGCAUUAAGCAUUAUUAUGGCAAAACGCAUGAGGGAAGUGAAGGAUGCACUUGAGAAGAUGGUGAUGGAUCCAAGUUGGAGAAUGUUAGCAGACACUGAUGCUCCUGUUCUCCAUUUGAUUUAUGAUAUAUGGGACACAAUGAUUGAGAAAGUUAAAUAUAGAAUAUUUGGACAUGAAAACCAAGAUCUGCUCACUGGCCAAUCUAAUUUCUUUGACAUCAUUCACAAUAUUUUGGAGACAAGAUGGAAAAAAAGCAACAAUCCACUGCAUUGUAUGGCUCAUUCAUUGUUCCCUAAAUACUACAUUGAAGCUUGGAUUGGAGGUGGAAGUGAUGGAGUUCCACGGCUCUCACCACAUGAAGAUCAAGAGGUUUCUUUAAAUAGAAGCAAAUGUUUCAAACGAUUAUUUUGCAAUCAAGAUGAUCUUCGAAAAGUUUAUAUCGAAUAUGGAGCUUUUUCAAGUGGAUUUAGUUACUUUAAUGAGCCUCAUGUUAUUAAUGCAAAAUUGUUUGAGGAACCAAUUUCAUGGUGGGCUAAUCAUAGUGCUUUAACACCAAUGUUACAAGCUUUAGCAUUCGAGUUGCUUUCACAGCCCGCAUCAUCAUCUUGUUGCGAAAGAAAUUGGAGUACAUAUUCUCUUCUUCAAAGCAUCAAAAGAAACAGAUUGACUACAAGUAGAGCUGAGGAUUUGGUCUUUGUAUAUUGCAACUUCCGUCUCUUGUCAAGAAAAAAGAAAGAAUACAAGGAAGGGUCAACAAAGUAUUGGGUCUUGUGUGGUGAUAGGUUUGAUACUGAUGAUAAUACUUUUGGGGAACUUGUGGAGCUUUCCAUCAAUGAGCCUGAGUUAGAGCUUAUGACAUUUGAUGAAGAGUUUGAAAAGAGUACUACCUUAGGGACUGAACUAACUAAAUUCCAACAAGGAAUGAUGGAUUGA